AUGUACGUAGUCACCAAGAACCAUCCAUUCUAUUCCCCCGUUUCCCCUGAUAUCCCUCCCCUCGAAGUUAUCUUGGGAUGUGGUGAUCCCGCGGAUCUCCUUCCCCCUCGGAAAGACCAAGAGGAUGUUUAUGAUUCCGCCUCCUUUACGUUUACCGAUAGCGAAACGGACGACGACCUCGAUUUUGAUACGAAAUCAGACCAAAUCUAUCACGAUAAUAACGAUAACAAUCUUGUCAAUAGCAGCAAUAGCAUCGGUACAACGGACAUCCGACAGAUCAAUCAACCAGUGCAUACCAUCAAUACGAAUAUAAUCAACAACAGGCAUAACGGCAUCUUUCACAACAGCACCAACAGCAAUAAUAAUAUUAAUAACCCUCAUCAACGCCAAUACGUCAACCGACUUAUGGACGACAUCGUCAGGAAUAAUAGUUACAUCAUGAAUAACGCAAACUUCGUCAAUAAACGAGACAAAUCCCUCAUGAGCGGUGAUGGUAACGAAGAUGACUGUGCGACCGACCAAAGCAUAUUCUGUGACAGUACUUCGACCAGUUCGGAGCGACCCUUCAAUCCGGACUACCCAUUUACUCCACCUACUUCUUCACCCACACCGGAAGACGAUGACCCCUCCCCUCGUCGACCUGCUUCUAAAGCGAAGCAGAAUCUCGAUGCGAACCCAUUCUCAACCGAAUCCUUGGACUUGAGCCGACUUCCUCUUCCGCCUCAAGGAGGUGAAAGUAGCUCCAUGGCAUCGAAACGAAAAGCCAAAGACCAGAAUUACCACAGAGGUAGUACCCCCAAAGCCAAGAAGACAGGAGAAAAGGGAGUAAGAACGAAAGUGGCAUGUCAAGCUUGUAGAGCACGAAAAGCCAAGUGUUCCGGUGGUGAAGUUUGUUCACGAUGCGAACAACUCAAACUUUCUUGUGAAUAUGAAGAAAUCAAAAGACGAUCGCCUUCACCUUCACCUAGAUCAUCCAAUCGAGAUAUUCUCAAUCGCAGCAAUUUCAUCCCUAUUCAGAAUGUCUCCGGUGUGAAAUCAGAAGCCGAAGCUGUCGAGCCAUUUUUUUGGAAACCUCAAGUCCCCCAUCGACCGCUAGGCGUGGAUGAUAGGGAUGAUACCCGAAGCUCGGCAGUUGGUCCAGGAGGAUUGAUCACUCCCACCAGCGGUCCUGAAUCCCUCGAUGAUGAUGAAGAAGAAGAAGAUGACAAUGGAGAGGGGCAUGCAAGACAGUUUGACAGAGAGGGAAAGAGAAAAGCAAAGGAUCAAUAA